UACACACAAAACCACUGUUGAAGUAAACGCUGUUGUUUUUUCCCCCUCUUUCUUACUUUUCUUCUUCUUUGUGUACUGGUUGAAAAAAUGAACACAUAGAAGCAAACCAAUACUCUGAAAGUCUAAGUUACUCUAAAAUAGCCAUAGUAGCCAUGGAGUUUCAGGACCACUUUUCACAAGAAAUGGCCCUUCAUCAACAACAACAACAACAACAGCACCAAAACGCAGGGGUAUUACGUUCAAUGUUACCUGAAUCUCCUCAAAAAUCACCUCCUACUUGGCUCAACUCUUCCCUCCUCCGUCAACAACAACAACAACACAGUCACUUCAACGCCGCCGCAAACUCGCCGUCCUCCGCCGCAGCAGCAGUCGCCGGAGGAAACAAUUUCCUGCACCUCCAGACAUCAAACUCUGACUCAUCUAACUCUAAUCAGUGGCUUUCCCCUACUGCCGCUGCCGCCGGUGGUCAUGGCGCCGGUGAGUUAUCGGAGUCUAUGAAUUUUGCCAAGAAGAUGAGUCAACAACAACAACAACAUAGCGGAGGAGGAGAAGAGAACAACAACAACAGUAAUAAUGAGGAGGAGUCAUCAUGGGAGAGAGAGAAAUGCAAAGCAGAUAUAUUGAACCAUCCAUUAUAUGAUCAGUUACUGUCUGCACACGUGUCAUGCCUGCGAAUCGCAACGCCGGUUGAUCAACUACCUAGGAUUGAUGCACAGUUAGCACAGUCACAGAAUGUGGUGGCUAAAUACUCUGUUCUUGGACAAGGUCAACAACCUCUUGAUGAUAAAGAACUUGAUCAAUUUAUGACACAUUAUGUUCUGUUGCUCUCUUCCUUUAAAGAACAACUGCAACAACAUGUCCGCGUCCAUGCAAUGGAAGCUGUCAUGGCUUGUUGGGAGCUUGAACAAUCUCUACAAAGCUUAACAGGGGUAGCACCAGGGGAAGGUACAGGAGCAACAAUGUCUGAUGAUGAUGAUGACCAGGCUGAUAGUGACACAAACUUUUUGGAUGGAGGUUUUGAUGGACCAGAUAGCAUGGGUUUUGGUCCACUUGUACCUACUGAAAGUGAAAGGUCCUUGAUGGAGCGUGUUAGGCAAGAACUCAAGCAUGAGCUCAAACAGGGUUAUAAGGAAAAGAUUGUUGACAUUAGAGAGGAAAUUUUGCGCAAAAGAAGAGCAGGAAAGCUGCCUGGUGACACUACAUCUGUUUUGAAAGCUUGGUGGCAAACACAUUCCAAGUGGCCUUAUCCAACUGAGGAAGACAAAGCACGGUUAGUGCAAGAAACAGGGUUGCAACUAAAGCAGAUUAACAAUUGGUUUAUUAACCAAAGAAAAAGGAACUGGCACAGCAAUCCAUCAACAUCUUCUUCUCAGAAAAGCAAACGCAAGAGUAGUGCAGGUGAACUCAAGCAGUAAAAAUGAUGAAGGAGAAAAUGAACUUUUUUUAUGUUCUAGCAAAAAGCCAGUGCAAAGCUCAUUAGCAAACCAAACAUGAAUGGUUGGAAUUUGGGAACUGAAUUUGAGUUUUUGGCUGAAGUAAUUGACCACAAGAAGUUCCCAGCUGACCUGGUUGACUAAGAUAUGCUUUAGAGAGAGUAUAGAUACUUGUGAAAGUAAUAGCACUUUCUUAUUUAUGAGGUUAAUUUUCUAUGUUAAAAGGCAUAUUUAGCACAACAGGUUCCGGUUUAUAUAAUUUUGUUUUCUACCAAGUAUUUGGAGGCUAUGUUGUAAUUCUGAAUGCUAGUGUUACUCAUUUUUGUGAAUAAGAAGUUGUAGAUUAUAAUUA